UUAACGGUGUUCAUCUGUUUGUCGCAUGUUGUCGCUUGUGCCUUGUCGUUACUCGUUUCACUCCUUUCACAAUAGACAGAACCUACAAAAUUAGAACUUUACUGUUUUUUUCGGUGGUGUGGACUGUGGAUUUAAUUCCGUAAAAAAUAUUAAUAGCUAUAGAAGUGAAAACAAUUGCUUUAACUCUAUCUACAGACUGUCUGGCACUAAACAUUACGCUCUGGCUCUCACUGUUAUAGAUUGAGCGUGAACGUAAUUUAUAGUAAACCUACAUUUUUUGGUUCCGAUUUACGAUUAAAUUGUUAAAUCGAGGUCAAAAUGAAACCCGGGGGCGGCGAUGAUGACUAUGAGGAACCUGAACAUACUAGGAAACUGUUCAUCGGUGGUCUUGACUACAGGACAACAGACACUUCUCUCAAGGAAUUUUACGAGCAAUGGGGUGAGAUUGUGGAUGUUGUCGUCAUGAAGGAUCCACAGACUAAACGAUCAAGGGGUUUUGGAUUCAUAACAUAUUCUAGAGCGCACAUGAUUGAUGAUGCUCAGAAAAACAGGCCGCAUAAAAUUGAUGGAAGAAUUGUGGAACCAAAACGAGCAGUGCCCCGAGAGGAGAUAAAGAGGCCAGAUGCAAGCGCAACAGUUAAGAAGCUGUUUGUGGGCGGCCUCAAGCAAGACAUUGAAGAGGAAGAUUUGAGGGAGUACUUCAGUUCCUAUGGUGACAUUGUAUCAGUCAGUCUAGUCACCGAGAAAGAGACGGGCAAGAAGAGAGGAUUUGGUUUUGUGGAGUUUGAUGACUAUGAUCCGGUUGACAGAAUAUGCUUGGAACCAAACCACAAGAUCAAAGGGCGUCGUUUGGACGUGAAGAAAGCGUUAUCGAAGUCCGAGAUGGCGGCCGGCGGUAGCGGCGGCGGCGGUGGUGGUGGCGGCGGCGGCGGCGGCGCCGGGGGCAGCCGGCGCGGCGGCCGCGGCGGCUGGGGCAACCGAGGCGAUGAGUGGGGCGGGUCAGGGUAUGACAACCAAGGAGGAGGUGGCUGGGGCAACCAGAACCCGUGGGACAACUCAAGCAGCUGGGGCGGCCAGGGCUACGGCGAGCAGGGCUGGGGCCCGGCGGCGGACAACUUCGGCGGGGGCUACCAGCAGAACUACGGCGGCGGGCCCAUGCGCCCCAACUACAACACCGCCCGCCAGCAGCCGUAUAACGCAGGCACAGGCUACUCUACCGGCGGGGCUCAAAGUUUCAAUAACAUGGGCGCCGCCGCCGCCGCUCCUACCGGCGCUAAUCAACGACGUUUCUAAACCAACGCUGGUUGUCUUGUCUCAAGUCGCAUAGUUGAAGCUAGGCAGGCAGAUAGAAUAGACACAAGUAGGCAAGGAGUCAGCUUAGUGAGGGAAGCGGACUAACCAUCGUCUUAGUCAGUUUACGUUUAUUUCACAAAUAAGGUUUGUUUAAGGUAUUGUGAGGCACUAGAAUUUCUUCAUCUUUAAUAUCGAUUAGCACUUCUUGAUUCACAGUUUUUGCAUAUUUUUACGUACACUUGGCACAACGCUAAGGACACGUCUGUGGAUGACUUGAGGCUUGUUUAGCGUCUAUGGCUAGUUGCAGACUAUCGUUUUUCUGUGCGUUUUACAGACGUUUUGACACACGCGUAUAUAUAAAUCAUACGCGCGUGAAUAUUCUUAUUCCGAUUAGUUUGCUCGAUCCUGUAAAUCAGUCAGUAGCAAUAUAUAGACUGGCGUCUUCGCGGUUCCUGCGUAUACAAGCUUCGAAGUGGGUCUACGCUCGUACGAGUAACAAAAGUGGUACGCGUGUACGAAAACGAGCCUAUGUGCGCAAAAAAACGCUAAUCUAAAACCGCUCUAACCGCUCUAAAGCUCUAUGAUGUUCGUGCAGUGCCAUACAUCAGGCCACGGACGCUAGUGGGAUUCUACUGCAAUGUUAUAUAUUAUGUUGAAAAUAUUAGGGACGCAACAUGUCUGUGGGUAGAAAACGCAAUGCAGGAAUUCCGCGAGUCCGUUAGAUUUGUCCAUGACAUUAUGUGGAAAAAUAAAAAAUCCUGGAAAAAUGUAAUAACGUGAAACCCAAAAUUACUAGUAUUUGUAUUCGGAUCGGUUUGCUGGUAAUAAUAUAUUAUUAAUAAUAAUUGCAUUCUGCAAUUAACCUUUUUAAGUUUUGAUUGAAUUAAUUGGUUUAUUAUCUUCCUUAAAAACGAUAGGGAAGAGAAAGCGGCACUUUGUCGACUGCUGCCGUCAUCGCACGUCGGUGGUGGCUGUCGACGCGCUAUCGGCUGCCGUUGACGCGCGUCGACAGCCGUCAGUUUGUCGACGGCAGUUGUCAAUGCGUCGACAGUAGCCGCCGUCUCGCGACAACUCGACGGCAGCAGUCACCCCUGUCGUCGACAAAAUGCCACUCGUCUGUAAGCACCUGAUGGCGUCCGCCUGCUAUACAAUUUAUAUGAAACUGCAUCGACUAGAGGCGCGGCCCGUGAAUGAUACAUAGACUACGAAAUGCUCGCCGCACCGUCGCGGCCCGACCCGUCUCUAGUGGACGCCUUUCUUAUAAUGAGCGAUCGCCGAUCUCCGUCUUUGGUCGCUAAACAAGCCUUAAGUUUUUCACUUCGGAAGUUGCUUAAAUUUUUUGUAAUAUUUUAUUUUAAAAGAAGUUUAUAAUUUUCAAUUGAGUUGUUAUAAUGUGAAAACUGUGCUGUUUAUUAUGGGGUUUGUGUUCCUAGUUUUAAGUUUAAAUCUCUUUGCAAAUAUCAACAUUCCAUUAAUUUAAAAAGAAAACACUAGAGGUGCAAUAUUUUUGUAACGUAUAAUCUGGUAAUUUGUAUAAUUGCAUUAAACAUAAGUGAAAAUUAUAAAGAUAAAUGACGUAAUACUGUGUUUUCUUUAAUUGGUCAAUGGGGUGUCAAAGUUUUAUUGGGGUUUCGUGAAAUGAAAUUAAUUAAUACCUAGCUAAUAUAUUAUAAUGAAGGCAUUGAUUGUUAUAACUUUAAACAAAUAUAUUACUGUUGUUUUUUCCAUAUUUUACUCAAGUGUAAUGGGGGAUGCCAUUCUGUCAAUACCGUUUCGUGGUUCUGAUAUCGUACAUAUCUAUACUAUACCUAUUGUUUCAAUUAGUGUCCGAUCGAAGUUCGAUUGCUGCCUGAAGUCGAAGCCAAAGCCGAUUACUCGGUCAUUACAACAACCUUCGGCCGAAGCCGAAGGUUGUGGUAUAGAUGUGGUAGGAAUAAUAUGGUGUUUUUUUAAGUUUAUGUUGAUUGCUGUCUUGUUGAACUUGACUUAAUUAAAAAACACUGUAGUGAAAGUGUACGUCGUUUUUGUUUUUAAGUCUCCCGUGUUUUUAUUCUUUGUUUAACAAUAAAUACCAAAUACAAUGUAAUUGUAAGCAAUAAAUACAUUUAAAUUAAAUAAAUAAGUGAAAAUUUAUUUACUUAUGUAAAAUUAUUUCGGCGCUUGUUAGAAACCUUCGGCUUCGGCGAAAACUUGGGCUACUCGACCGAAGCUAAACGUCUAGCCAAAAGUCGUUUUUUGGCCGAAGGUGGCCGAAUCCAAAGCCGAAAGUUCGGUCGGACACUAGUUGCAACACAGUCAUUACCAAUAUCUCCUCAAUUCGCGAUCGCGAUGUCUCGUUGUGACAAUAUUGAUGGCAUAGCACCCGCCCGCCAUUAAUUGUAAUAAUACAUUUGUUUCCCUAUUUUGUGUGCAUUAAUUAAAUUGAGACUGUUUUCCAUGGACUCUUCUACACUUUGGACAAGCCUCCGUCUGUGGAAAAGGCCAUGGUAAGUUAUGACUAAUAAAUAAUAAAUAAAAACAUUAAAUAAUAA